UUUAUUAAUGAGAAUCGAUUGCCACACACGCCAGGGUUAGCGCGUGGCGAAUCUUGAUUGACUUAGUUCGGUGAAAUCUUUGCCCUAGUCGCCUGUCAGGAACCUCUCUCUCUCUCUCCUCUCUCUGACUCUCUCUCUCUCUCUCAAAUCGGCCAUGAGCCACCGCCUCCGACGCCGGCAAACUACGUCACAUCUCUCCAUCGGUUGAUUGCACUUCGAAAAAUAUCGUUUUUCAUUUAUUUAUAUCUCGUCGUGAUCUUGCAGAUUCACCGCCUUUUAUUCUCAGGUAAAAAUGGAACCUAUGGACAUUGUUGGCCGAACGAAAGAGGAUGCUUCCCUUCCAAAAGCAACAAUGACAAAAAUCAUCAAGGAGAUGCUACCUCCAGAUGUUCGUGUUGCUAGAGAUGCUCAAGAUCUUUUAAUUGAGUGCUGUGUAGAGUUUAUCAAUCUUAUUUCAUCUGAAUCAAAUGAAAUCUGUAACAAAGAAGAUAAAAGAACAAUUGCACCAGAACAUGUGCUCAAGGCUUUACAGGCACUUGGAUUCUCGGAGUAUAUGGAAGAUGUUUAUGCUGCAUAUGAGCAGCACAGGGUUGAGACUAUAGACACCAUGAGAAGUGGUAAAUGGAGCAAUGGAGCUGAAAUGACUGAAGAAGAAGCAUUGGCUGAGCAGCAGAGAAUGUUUGCCGAAGCACGUGCUAGGAUGAAUGGAGGUGCCUCUGCUCCCAAGCAGUCGGAUCCCGAGACCGAACCAAGUGCAAACAGCUAACUCAUUUAGAUUGUCAACCACUUAGUAGGCUAGGACACUCUUCUCUCAGGACUCCGUCUUUCUUCUCGUAUUGUGUACAAAAUGCUCGUGGGAGUAAUGUUGUGGCUCAAUUUAAGUUAAGCACUCAGUGUACUGUAUCUAUAUACAGAUUUAUCUGUAAUUAAAAUUGUUUCUCGA